AUGGCGGCGGCGCAGCUAACGGACGAGGAGCUUUUCUCCGAGUUAAAACGCUUGGGAUUCACACCGGGUCCGGUCACGGAGAACACCCGGCCUGUGUACUUGAAAAAGCUGAAAAAACUACGCGAGGAGCAGCAGCAGCGGUCCAGGGGAGCCAAGGGACGCAGCAGUGGCGGCGGUGGUAGCAGCAUUAGCAUCAACAACAACAACAGCGGUGGCGGCGGCGGCGGUAACGGCCACCCAGCGGCGGGAGCCGCGGCUGUGCGCGCCAGGCCGGCCGGCGGCCGCCAGCUUCUGAACGCAAAGCGUCCGGACAGGGCCGGAAAGUUUGUAUUGGGCUUCAGCUCGGACGAGUCGGACGCAGAACUGCCUCAGCACAAAGCAGGCCUGAACCACAGCGGCUCUAGGAGAGACCGAGGCUCCGGGCUGGGGCUGCAGUCGCUAAGGCCUCCACAAGAAAGCGGCGCUGGAGUCAGUGCGAGCGGCCCCAGCAAGUCGCCUGUUGGGCUUUUGGAGGGUCGGAGAAGCGGCCUCGGGUCGUCCCCGUGGUGGGCAGACCGGGGUAAGGCGAGCUUAGGGGGCUCCAGCCUGGCGGGGGAUAGGGAUUACGUUGAGCUGAGGAAGGAAAACAACUUUGAAGAAGAGACUUUCGAGAGGAGCAGCCGGGCUUUAAACGGGAACAGGGCGCCUUACUCGCUCAAUAGCAGCAAGCUAGCAGGGGAUUACUCAGACACGGACGAAGAGGAGGAGGAGGAGGAGGAGUUGGAGGAGCGUGAACGCCAACGCGAACGUCGUCUGCUGUCCAGGCGAAGCUUAUCGAAAGCCUCCCCGUCUCCGUCCAAAAGUGGCAGGGAACCGGAGGAGGAGGAAGAGGAGGAAGGAAGCCCGAGGAGAAGGAGCACGGAGCGCGAUGAACUAGGCGCGUCCGACCUGAACCGCAUCUAUACGAAUACCUUUCGCUUCAGCUCUGGCGUAAUGGGUGAGAAUGGCGGGGACAUGGGUAGCAGCAGCAGCCCCAAGAACCACGUAGACGGCGGAGAGGGCGCAGCCGCCGGCGGUAGUAGCACGUUUAGCCUCGGCCUCAGACCCCGGUUCUCCUCCUCCUAUAACAGCCUCUCUACGACCUAUCGACCCAACCACUCAAACCAUACCGGCUCGAACCACAGCUACGGUCAGGCCGGCACUAAACGCAAGCAGCCGGCCCCCGAGGAUGAGCUCCUGGAGCAGUUUCGGAGAGAGGAGGUGUCAGGCACCGGCGGCUUCAGUGCACAUUAUCUGUCCAUGUUCCUCCUGACCGCUGCCUGCCUCUUCUUCGUGCUUCUCGGUCUCAUGUACCUGAGAAUGCGGGGCUCCGGCUCCACGGAGGGAGUCGUUAUCAAGAGCCACCCAUUUGGUGCAGAGUUUGACAGUUCGUAUACCGACAGAGAAAGAGAUCUCAUCCUCAGCCUUCUACUUCAUCUGCAUGAUCAUCUGGCUGAUAUUGCAGGGGAACAUGACUGCAAAGACCUAAACCAGCCACUGAACAGAAGUAUCUCCUUCUCUGAGGCCGCUGAGUAUCUGAAGCUACGAAAUAAAGACUAUGAGGAUUGGGUACAGAUAUCUCUGGAGUGGAUCAUUAAAACUGGAGAAAUUGUUGGCAUAAGGUUGAUUGCAGCUGACCCUGCACAGGCAGUGGAGGAAGUGUCAGAUAUCUCCCGUCUGGAGUCCACCCACCCACGCAUGUCCUUCAUCUGCCGCUUCCGACGAGCCUUCUUCACUGUGAUCUACAGAGUGCUCCUCUUCCUCGCUGGCAUUGGUGUUGUCUGGGCCUUGCUGUAUUACAUGAAGUACCGCUGGAGGAGGGAGGAGGAGGAGACCAGACAGAUGUAUGACAUGGUGGAGAGGAUCAUAGAUGUGCUGAGGAGCCAUAACGAGGCAUGCCAGGAGAAUAAGGACUUGCAGCCAUACCUGCCCAUUCCUCAUGUGCGAGACUCACUUGUGCAGCCACAGGACAGGAAGAAGAUGAAGAAAGUGUGGGACAGAGCUGUGUCCUUUCUCUCAGCCAAUGAGUCUCGCAUCAGGACAGAAACACAGAGGAUCGGGGGAGCUGACUUCCUUGUCUGGAGGUGGCUCCAGCCCUCCAUGUCCUGUGACAAGUUGUGCAGUAUGCCCUCCAAAGUAUGGCAGGGUAAAGCAUUCCCAUUGGAUCGGAGGAAUUCGCCACCAAACAGUUUAACGCCAUGUCUGAAGAUUCGCAACAUGUUUGAUCCUGUAAUGGAGGUGGGGGAAAACUGGCAUCUUGCCAUACAUGAAGCCAUUCUGGAGAAAUGCAGUGACAAUGAUGGAAUUGUCCACAUUGCUGUUGAUAAGAACUCAAGAGAGGGCUGUGUUUACGUGAAGUGCCUUUCAGCGGAGCAUGCUGGGAAAGCUUUUAAGGCGCUUCAUGGCUCUUGGUUUGAUGGGAAGCUGGUGACAGUAAAGUACCUGCGUCUGGACCGUUACCACCAGCGUUUCCCGCAGGCCCUGGGCUGCAACACACCCCUCAAGGCCUCCAGCUCCAGCAUGAACACAAUGGCCCGUCUGCAUCAGCGCUCCAGCACAUCCAGCUCCCUGGGCUUCUCCUGAGGGCCACACGAACAGUUUCUCACCUCCACCACCUCCUCUUACACUCUCUCCUUUCCUCUUUCUUCCACCCUCUCUUUUUCUCUCUUGGGGAGGCUCCCCUGUCCUGGGCCUUCUCUUCAACAAGAAUCGUGCUCAGGAGCUCUCUCCUCAUUAUGGGCUGGAGGAGUCAACAGCACUCACGGAAAGGUUUGAGCCUACCUGUGAGCUUCAUCUUUGAGAUCAAGCCAAAGAGGAGAAAUGUGCGUACUGGAGCGAUACCGGUGGUGGACAUAUGUGGAAUUAUCAGAGCUUUGCUAAGAAGAGCUGGUUGUUCAUAUCUCUCCUCUCCAACUUUGGUGCAGUGGACACAAUAUAUAUCUUGUUUUUUUUUUCAUUUACUUUUCUUUUUUGUUUACAGACUGUCUAUAUGGAUUAAACAAGGAAACAAAAUGGCUUCCAAUUUAUUCUAAUGUUCAGAUUUGAGGAAAUAAAUGAGAGCAGGAACUGCUGCUGAGGUUCUGCUCUCCUCCCUCCGCUUUUUCUGCAACUUAUUCCCCUCCUUAGUUAAAAGGAGUUCUGUCGGGCUAUACAUAGCUGCAUGUGCUGGUUAAAGUAUCCCUAUAUUUAAGCUUUGAAUUGUAUCAUAUAAUGGAUGUUUAUUUCCCUGAAGAUGUGUUAGCUGAUGUACUCCCUUCUUUUCUUUUUUUCCUUUGUUGUUUUUGUAGUUUUUAGUCCAAAAACAAUGGCAUGCACACACUCUGGAAGGGGUGCUGUAAAUAUUUUGUUGAACGGUGGUGGUUGAAAUCAUCUGUAUAAAACUGCAAAUUGUCAUAAGCUCGAAUUCGUUUCUUGCCAGCAUAGUUACACCAAUUUCAUUUGAGUUUAGAGCUCCCUCUGUAGUUUACUGCUUGAUUCCUUCCCUUCAUGCAGUCCGCCUCAAUCUUCCCAGCUUGAUCGUAUUUUCAGUAUAUUCUAAUGUAUUAUUAUUUUCUUUAUUUUGAAAGUUACGCCUUUUCAUUAUGACUGGUGCAGUUUGUGUUGACUUUGCUUCCUCAUCCACCGGUAACCACAGCCCACCAAAGUGAUAACUUCAUGUCUGAAGCUGCCCAGUUUAUCUAGAUGUUCUGUUUAGAGACCUUCUUAUGUGCAUAGUUAUGCUUGUGGCAGGGCUACGUCUUGUCUCAAGGUCAGAUAAGCCAUGCGGUUCUUCAUGUGUUGAGCUGUAUUCACAAACAGAAAGCAUGUCAUGUUACAAUUGUAUCUUUUCAGGUCAUGAGACAGGUUAAUAAAGUGUAAUUGCAUAUUCUGAGGUAAUACAAUUUUUUUAGAGUUAAUUCGUAUUAGAAAUAAACUUUGUCCCUAAGUAAACACCAAGGGCCAGAUUGACUUAAUCGUGUAGCAUAUGCAAAAGUUCUGACAACUUGGCAGCAUUAGUGCUGGCAGAGAAUGGCAGCAAACUCUUUGACCAAUCCCUGCCAGUGGUGUUGCUAAGUGGGUUUAGUAAAUCUGCCCCUUCAUUCGCUGUUAUUGCUGCUCUGUGUGAGCUUUGUUUAUAUGGGAAAUGCAGUGCAGGUGAAUACGGGGUGGAAUAUUUGCAGCGGGAUGUACAAACGAUGCACAUGUAGUCAAAACAAACAAAAAAAACAGGUGCACUCUUCUCUGCAGCAAAUAACCUAAUCGUGCCUUAAUUUUGUGCUGUUUUAUUGACUGGCACUGCAUUUGUUGGGAAUGUAUUCACAAUUUUUAAAAUGGUCCAAAAUGACUGUAAUCGCUUAAGAGCAGAUUAUAGUUGAUCCUCUAUUAAUCCUCCUAAAUAUUUUGUGUUUUAAUGACAUGAGAUUUGAGUCCUCAUGUCUAGCUAAACGUACACGCAUGAUUUUAAUUAAUAAAAAUCACUCCUUAGCUGACAAUGAACCCCCUUUAUCCUUGAUUCAUUUAUCUUUUUAUUUUGGAGUGGGGGUUCAGGGGUGACCUUUAUGUCCAACCUCUCAGAGCUGGUGUUGUGUGAGAUAUUAAAAACACUAAAUGUUCAAAGAAACCAGGUUCUUGCACACAUCGUUGUAAUCUUCCUUUGUUUCUGUAGCCUGGCAUUUCCCGUUCUCUCUCUUUCUGUCUCUCUGUUUUUUUUUUUAAAAUAUAUAUAUUUUUGUUCCUUUUUUCCUGCAGUCUGUAAAGAGAGUGAAUGUAAAGUUGGAUUGGUGUGGCACGCCUCCAAAGUGUCACCUGACUUGCAUCUGCAUUCUUGAUGUUUAUUUUUUCCUCUCUGAUGUAUCUUAUGUAAACACUGUACAUUUAUAACUGUAAAAUGUAAUAUUAUGCAGCGGCAGUCUCAAUACAUUGUAUGGUUUUGACCAAUAUCCCUGACCUGCAAGCCAGAGGGGAAGGUGUACAAUAAUCCAGGCUUUUUAAAGCUUCAGAUGUUUUAAUGUAAUUUGUCACUUGUCUUGUUAAACUGCUCUAAUUAAAGGUUUAUUAGGGGUUUUUAA